AUGAAAAGUCCGACAACGUUGAAAGAGGUUCAAAAGUUAGCCGAACGGCUCACUUCGUUGUCUCGCUUCCUUCCCUGUUUAGCCGAGAUUGUCGGGCCGAUCCUACUCUUGCUAAAGAAAACGGAACGAUUCAAAUGGACCCAAGGGUGUGAAGAAGCUUUUCAGCAGUUUAAAAACCGGCUCGGCAUGCCCCCAGUAUUAUGUAAACCGGUCGUCGAUGCAGAUAUGAUUAUCUAUUUGUCGGUUUCGGACAGCUCCAUCAGUGCCGUUAUGAUGCAAGAAAACCAAGGUCAACAGCUCAUCUAUUUUAUUAGUCGGACGUUGCAGGACGCCGAGCGACGUUAUCAAUUGCUCGAGAAGGUUGCCCUAGGACUCGUCUACGCCGCCCGACGGUUGAGACAGUACUUCCAAAGCCAUAAGGUUGUCGUCCGAACCGACUGUCCGAUCGCAAAGGUCCUUCGGAAGCCAGAAAUUGCCGGCCGAAUGAUGGCGUGGUCGGUUGAGUUAUCUGAAUUUGACAUAUCCUUCGAGCCAAGGGGCCCUAUUAAAUCACAACACUUGGUAGAUUUCGUCAACGAGCUCACUCCUCCAGGAUCUUUCGAAGACCAACCUUGGAUCCUUCAUGUGGAUGGAUCAUCUAACGCCCAAGGUAGUGGUGCAGGCAUAAUCCUCGCUAAUCCUUCAGGCAUCACAAUUGAGCAAUCCCUUCGGUUCGGCUUCCGCGCGUCCAAUAACCAGGCCGAGUAUGAAGCUUUAAUAGCCGGACUUAGAUUAGCAACAGAGAUGAAUGUUAAGAAGGUCAUAUGCUGGACCGACUCGAAAGUAGUUGCCGAACAAGUCAACGACAACUUUCAAGUCAAAGAUGCUAAUUUGUUGCAGUAUUAUCACCUCUUCCGAAAACUCAAAGAUGAUUUCACCGAGGUUCAAAUUCGGCAUAUCCCAAGAAGUAACAACGAACGAGCCGAUCAGUUAGCUCGGCUCGCCAGCACCAGAAAGCCAGGACAGCUAAGAACAACAAUUCACCUCGAAGUCCCCUCUCCAAGUGUGGCCGUCGAGUGCAUGGCUGCCGAGGUCGAAGUUCCAAGCUGGCUGACUCCUAUUCGGAACUUCAUCCUCCAGGGAGAAUUGCCAACUGAUUCGGUGGAAGCCAGAAAAUUGCGAACCCAAGCAGCUCGGUACUCCAUCAUAGCCGGCGAACUCUACAGGCGCGGAUUCUCCACCCCGUUGCUUAAGUGUAUUGACAAUCUCCAGGCCGACUAUGUGAUGAGGGAAAUUCACGAAGGCAUCUGCGGAUCCCAUUCCGGAGGCCGAACUCUUGCGGCAAAGGUAUCACGAGCCGGAUAUUAUUGGCCAACUCUAAAAGGAGAUUGUGCUGAGUUUGUUAAGAGGUGCAUACAGUGUCAACGGCAUGGGAAUCUAAUCCAUGCCUCGGCCGCCGAACUACACAGUAUCAGCUCUCCAUGGCCGUUUGCGUUAUGGGGAAUUGACGUACUUGGCCCAUUCCCCAUGGCGAGGGGACAAGUUAAGUUCCUUCUCGUGGCAGUAGAUUACUUCACAAAAUGGAUUGAGGCCGAACCACUUGCUUGCAUCUCUGCUGCUAACGUCCAAAAGUUUGUAUGGAAGAACAUCAUCACCCGUUUCGGCAUCCCAUACGCCAUCAUUUCAGAUAACGGUCUCCAAUUCACGGACAAAAGGUUCAACUCAUUCCUCGAAAACCUUGGCAUUCGGCACAGGUUCACAUCGGUUGAGCACCCUCAGUCGAAUGGCCAGGCCGAAGCGGCCAACAAGGUUAUCCUUACCGAACUGAAAAGAAGACUCGGCUCAGCAAAAGGAGUAUGGGCUGAUGAAUUACCAGAAGUCCUCUGGGCAUACCGAUGCACACCACAGUCCACCACUAAAGAAACCCCCUUUCGCCUAACAUAUGGUGCCGACGCAAUGAUACCGGUUGAAGUAGGGGAGCCAUCAUUCAGACGACAACAUUUUCAAGAGGACUCCAAUGACACAUCUCUUCGGGCCGAACUAGAUGUUCUUGAGGAAGUACGGGACAAUUCGCAGGUAGUAGCCGAAGCAUGCAAGCAACGCAUGAGUCGGCGCUUCAAUUCUAACCUCAAACCAAGAACAUUUCACGACGGAGAUCUUGUAUGGAGGGCAACCGGCUCGGCAAGGCGCAACCCGUCUGAGGGCAAACUGGCAGCCAAUUGGGACGGCCCGUUUCGAGUGCGCCACGCUCUUCAUAACGGGGCAUACAAGUUGGAGGAGUUAUCCGGCAAAGUCCUCCCACGAACAUGGAACUCUACGCACUUGAAGACUUACUAUAGCUAG